AUGGCACGAUCAGUGGAAAUAGAUGACAAUAAAUCUUUGUACAAUGAUCUUAGAAACUUAUACAAAGAAAAUACUACCUAUUUUACAAAUAAUGAAGGAAAUUGUUCAACUGCUAUAGCAAAUUCUUUUGAACAAUUAUUUGAAAAUAUUGGCAUUAUAGAGCCUUUAGUUGAAGAAUUAUGUAAUGUAUGCCAUUUGUAUGAUUUUGAUUCGUCUAUACCGGGUAAUGGGUAUCGAAGUUAUGUGAGAGUUGUUGAUUCAUUUAUUGCUCAUUGUAUUAAAGUUUGCAAUCAAAUAGCUACCAAUUGUUAUUCUUUUUUCUUCCGUAAAUCAAUACACCAAGUAUAA